GGUAUAAAAGACAAUGACAAUUUGUUUGGCUUAUCAAUUGCGUUUGAUCAUCGGUCAAAGUGUUUUGUGGUAAAAUGAAGAAAAUAACAAUUCUGUUACUCGGGUGUGUGACAAUACUGUCGACGACGAAUGGAUACCCAUCGGCAUCGUACAGCAAUGUACGGCUGCAGAAAUCGCAACCAACUCAUGCGCCGCCAUCGGUUGGAAGCAGCAUACCGAACGAUAUAAUAUCCAAUCCAAAUCUAGCAACUGAACCACCCCGACCUGAGAGUACAUUUGAAAAGGCAAUGGAUAAUUUGAAAGUUUCACCUCAAAGUGACGAAAAUAUACUAGCCAAUCGAAAAGUGAGGGAUGCUAAAUGGAACGAGAGUGCUAAAGAGAAUGGACUAAAUGAAUUCAGAAACAGCAAAGACAUUGAAAAAGAAAACGAAAACGGUAAAGAGAACCAAGAGUUUGACGAUGACAACGCUACCCACGAUAAAUUUGAUUACGAUAAAUUUAAAUCGAUUGAAGGUUCUCCUGGCAGCGAGAAUAAAACUGAAGACGAUCUGGAUAAGUCGAAUUCGUUUGUCGGAAUCUACAAUGGAUGGGGUGGAGGUUAUGGAGGAUGGGGCGGCGGAUGGGGUGGUGGAUGGGGAGGUUGGGGAGGUGGAUGGGGAGGCGGAUGGGGAGGUUGUUGUGGAGGAUGGGGCGGCGGAUGGGGAGGUGGAUGGGGAGGUCCAUGGUAUGGCUAAGAUAAUGUUUUGUUAAUUAGAUUUAAUAAGUUUCUGCAUUUUUUGUUGUAAAUAAAGACUUUCUUCACUUUUGUUAA